AAGACCCGCUCGCCCACGGCGCUGCUAUUGGUUUAUCCGUGACGUAAUGACAUGGAGGAGUCGGCUUGAGGACUUUAUAAAAGCUUCUGAGCGCGCGGCGAGCCACUCUACGAAACCAAACCCGUCUAAAGAACCGACCUCAACUUAAAGGUGCAACAUGAGCGAGAGGCAAGGAGCCGGGCCUGCGGCUGGCAACAACAAAACCUCCGGACAAGACGCUUCCAAGACGGACGUCCCGGAGGACUUCGACAUCGACAUGGAGAACCCAGAGACUGAGAAGGCGGCCGUAGCGAUCCAGUCGCAGUUCAGGAAGUUCCAGAAGAAGAAGCGCGAUGAGAAGUCGUAGUGGGCGGCCACUGUGACCACACAGUGACAUUUGCAUGAGUCGUAUCUGUUUGAACUCCACGAGUUGUAAUGGAGUUUUGGGGAAGGCCAAGGAAUGCAACAGCCUCUUAAACAUAUGUCUGUGAAAGGAAAAAAAAACCCACAUUCUAUUAUUCCAGUUGUAUUUAUUAUUAACCACCUGCUAUAUUUGGAAAAUAUGAGAACCAUUUUUCCGCCUUGUUGUAUUUGUCUAUUAGAUCAUGAAGUAGUGCUUGUGAUGGGAUUUUUGGGGGGUUUCGGCCCAGCCUCGUUAGUACCCAAAUGAAUUGAUAUUGUCUUAGUCGUUGGAGCAAAAGGUGUGUUCGAGUGACAAUGGUUUUUAUUAUAAAAUAGCCUGCAUCACAUUCUAGCAGACCCGCAUGUGCACACGGAAUGAAUAAAGACUCUUUGUGGAACAAGCUC